AUGCUGGAGGUGAAGUAAAGCCAAACGCCUGCAUUUUUAAUAAGUAAAAUUCUGGAUACGCUAGUAGAAUUUAACGUUCCAACAGAAAAUGUGUUCUCUGUUACAUGCGAUAACGGGGCUAACAUGUUAGCAGCCGUUAAACACUUGAAAACAGAAUUGGAAAUGACACUUUUCGAAAAGUUGGAGGACGGCGACAUGCUCACAGACGCAGAAUCGGGACGUGACAUAACUGCAGAGCUGUGUAACGAGUUCAGCGAACGAAUCAACCUCGUUCGCUGUGCGGUACAUACUCUGCAGUUGGCGAUUCUUGAUGUGGUAGAUAAGUCCAACGAAAAUAUAGAAAAACGACAAUUUUUUGAAUAACUUGCAGACCAGUUCCCUGAGCUUGAUCUUUCCAUGCAUUGGAGAUUCAUAAAAAACUACUACGAUGCCUUUCGACCAUUAUAUAUAUGCACAAAGAAAAUGCAAGAGGCACACGUUUCGUUGCCAGAUUUCUACAUGGCGUGGUUGAUGGCAGUUACCGAAGUGCAAAAGAACAAGGAAAACCCUUUUGUUCCCGAUUUGACGAAAUCACUUAUGGAUAGAUUGGCGAAUCUUCGCGGCUCUAGAGCGUUUAAAAUGGCCUUGUACCUCGAUCCGCGUUUCAACUAUCGCGCGUCUAAGGUGUUUACGCCUGACGAGAAAGCUAAAAUCCAGGAAUUCAUUAUGGAAACGUGGCAGCGAAUUCGCCUACUAGAGUCGCCAUCAUUAUCCUCGCUCUCUGACGAAACACCUUCGGAGUCAAAUUACGGUGAUGAUUUUGACCGCAUUUUGAUUGAUAUGUAUGAUGGAUCGAUUAACAUAGAACACCAGGCAGAUGAAACAAAUUACCUGCAACAAAUUCAGUCGUUAUGCUUAGAGCCAAGACAAAACCACAGCUACAAUGUUUGGGAUCAUUGGUUGCGACGGAAAACCUCCCACCCUGAGCUGUACGCGGUUGCAAUGGUUGUGUUAGCCACGCCAUCAAACCAGGUGUCCGUCGAAAGAGCUUUCAGUGCGCUUGGUUUGGUUCUCUCGAACCUUCGGACUGGCCUCGGAGAGGACACUUUAACUAACAUCCUAUUAAUAAAUUUAAAUAAGGAUUUGUUCCAACAGGCUAUCUCAACGGCCUAUAACUAGAAAGAGGGAAACAAUAUCGGCGAGGGUUGA